AUGGCCGCCAAUGUGGGAUCGAUGUUUCAAUAUUGGAAGCGAUUUGAUCUACGGCGACUCCAGAAGGAGCUUAAUUCCGUCGCUUCCGAGCUGUCUGCACGGCAGGAGGAGAGUGAACAUUCUCAUAAACAUUUAAUUGAACUCCGCCGGGAAUUUAAGAAAAAUGUACCUGAGGAAAUCAGAGAGAUGGUGGCUCCUGUAUUAAAAAGCUUCCAAGCUGAGGUGGUGGCCCUUAGUAAGAGAAGUCAGGAGGCCGAGGCAGCUUUCCUGAGUGUUUACAAGCAGUUAAUUGAAGCACCAGACCCUGUGCCUGUGUUUGAAGCGACACGCAGCCUAGACGACAGACUGCAGCCCCCCAGCUUCGACUCCACUGGGCAGCCGCGGCGAGAUCUCCACACUUCGUGGAAGAGGCACCCUGAGCUCCUGGGUCCCAAAGAGCAGAGAGAGGGAACGUCUCCGGCGGGGCCCACGCUGACUGAGGGGAGCCGCCUCCCGGGCAUUCCCAGCAAAGCCCUCCUGACAGAAACUUUGCUGCAGAGAAAUGAGGCGGAGAAACAAAAGGGCCUUCAAGAAGUACAAAUCACUUUGGCAGCCAGACUGGGGGAGGCAGAGGAAAAGAUCAAAGUCCUACAUUCAGCGUUAAAGGCCACACAGACAGAGCUGCUGGAACUGCGGCGAAAAUAUGAUGAGGAGGCAGCAUCCAAGGCAGAUGAAGUCGGCCUGAUCAUGACCAACUUGGAGAAAGCUAAUCAGCGAGCUGAGGCUGCCCAGCGAGAGGUAGAAAGUCUUCGGGAACAACUCGCCUCGGUUAACAGCUCUAUCCGCCUGGCCUGCUGCUCCCCCCAAGGACCCAGUGGGGAUAAGGUGAACUUCGCGCUGUGCUCGGGCCCCCGGCUUGAAGCCGCGCUGGCCUCCAAGGAUCGGGAGAUCCUGCGGCUGCUGAAGGACGUGCAGCACCUCCAGAACUCUCUGCAGGAACUGGAGGAGACCUCGGCCAACCAGAUCGCGGACCUGGAGCGGCAACUCACGGCUAAGUCCGAGGCCAUAGAAAAGCUGGAAGAGAAGCUCCAGGCACAGUCUGACUAUGAAGAAAUUAAAACAGAGCUGAGCAUCCUGAAAGCCAUGAAGUUGGCCUCCAGCUCCUGCAGCCUCCCGCAGGGCAUGGCCAAGCCCGAAGACUCAUUGCUCAUGGCAAAGGAGGCCUUCUUCCCCACGCAGAAAUUCCUUCUGGAAAAGCCCGGUCUUCUGGCCAGCCCUGAAGAGGACCCUUCGGAGGACGAUUCCAUCAAGGACUCUCUGGGCACGGAGCAGUCCUACCCAUCCCCUCCGCAGCUCCCGCCACCACCAGGGCCCGAAGACCCCCUAUCCCCCAGCCCUGGGCAGCCCCUGCUGGGUCCUGGCCUGGGCCCCGAUGGCCCAAGGACUUUCUCACUGUCCCCCUUCCCCAGCUUGGCCUCUGGGGACAGACUAGCAGGGGACACACUGCUGUCCAAGCACAUGAUGCCCCCGGCCACCUUCAAGGGGGAGGCAGGCGGCCUGCUGGUGUUCCCCCCGGCCUUCUACGGUGCCAAGCCCCCCACGGCUCCUGCCACCCCUGCUCCUGGCCCCGAGCCACCUGGGGCCCCCGAGCCAGUGGACGGGGUUGGGAGCAGCGCAGCCGGGGCAGGGGCCGGAGCCGAGGAGGAGCAGCUGGACACGGCGGAGAUCGCAUUCCAGGUGAAGGAGCAGCUGCUCAAACACAACAUCGGGCAGCGAGUGUUCGGCCACUAUGUGCUGGGGCUGUCACAGGGCUCGGUCAGCGAGAUCCUGGCCCGGCCCAAGCCCUGGCGCAAGCUCACGGUGAAGGGCAAGGAGCCCUUCAUCAAGAUGAAGCAGUUCCUGUCAGAUGAGCAGAACGUGCUGGCUCUGAGGACCAUCCAGGUGCGGCAGCGAGGCAGUAUCACCCCAAGAAUCCGCACACCCGAGACAGGCUCGGAUGACGCCAUCAAGAGCAUCCUGGAACAGGCCAAGAAGGAGAUCGAGUCCCAGAAGGGGGGUGAGCCCAAGAACGCGACAGCCCCACUCAGCAUCACCAACGGCACAGCCCCCGCCAGCACGUCAGAAGAUGCCAUCAAGAACAUUCUGGAGCAAGCACGCCGCGAGAUGCAGGCACAACAGCAGGCACUGCUGGAGAUGGAGGCCGGGCCCCGGGGCCGCUCCGUCCCUCCCUCGCCCCCAGAGCGGCCCUCACUGGCUGCUGUGAGCCAGAAUGGGGCCCCGACCUACGUCAAGCAGGAGGACAGCAGUGGCGGUGGUGGCGGGGGAACCAGCAGUAGUGCCACACAGACGUCCCUCACAGUCCUGUCCCCCGCGGCCUUCGUCCAGAGCAUCAUCCGGAAAGUCAAGUCGGAGAUCGGAGACGCCGGCUACUUUGACCACCACUGGGCCUCGGACCGUGGCCUGCUCAGCCGCCCCUAUGCCUCCGUCUCGCCCUCCCUGUCCUCCUCCUCCUCCAGCUACUCUGGACAGCCCAACGGGAGGGCCUGGCCCCGUGGGGAUGAGGCCCCCGCAGCCCCUGAAGACGAGUCGGCGGGGGGCGAGGAGGAGCCCCCCAGGGUGGGCGAGCUGAAGUCUGAAGGGGGCGUCCCCGAGGCAGGCAGCGGUGGGCGGCUGGCCUACUACCCCACGUACGUGCCCCGCACGCUGAAGCCCACCGUGCCACCCCUGACCCCCGAGCAGUACGAGCUUUACAUGUACCGGGAGGUGGACACCCUGGAGCUGACGCGCCAGGUCAAGGAGAAGCUAGCCAAGAACGGAAUCUGCCAGAGGAUCUUUGGGGAGAAGGUGCUGGGCCUGUCCCAGGGCAGCGUGAGCGACAUGCUGUCCCGGCCGAAGCCCUGGAGCAAGCUGACGCAGAAGGGGCGAGAGCCCUUCAUCCGCAUGCAGCUGUGGCUCUCGGACCAGCUCGGCCAGGCCGUCAGCCAGCAGCCCAGCGCCUCCCAGGCCAGUCCCACGGAACCGAGGUCCUCGCCAUCGCCACCCCCUAGCCCCACAGAGCCAGAGAGGAGCUCCCAGGAGCCCUUGAUCCUGGCACUGGAGGGCAGCAAGGAGAACCAGCAGCCGGAGGGACGCUCCAGCUCCUCACUGGGCGGGAAGAUGUACUCGGGCAGCCAGACCACGGGGGGCAUCCAGGAGAUUGUGGCCAUGUCCCCCGAGCUGGACACAUACUCCAUCACCAAGAGAGUCAAAGAAGUCCUCACGGACAACAACCUAGGGCAGCGGCUGUUCGGGGAGAGCAUCCUGGGGCUGACACAGGGCUCCGUGUCUGACCUGCUGUCCCGCCCCAAACCCUGGCACAAGCUGAGCCUGAAGGGACGGGAGCCCUUUGUACGCAUGCAGCUGUGGCUCAAUGACCCCCAGAAUGUGGAGAAGCUGAGGGACAUGAAGAAGCUGGAGAAGAAAGCCUACCUCAAGCGCAGGUACGGCCUCAUCAGCACCGGCUCCGACAGCGAGUCCCCGGCCACCCGCUCCGAGUGCCCCAGCCCCUGCCUGCAGCCCCAGGACCUGAGCCUCCUUCAAAUCAAGAAGCCCCGAGUGGUGCUGGCGCCCGAGGAGAAGGAGGCGCUGAAGAAGGCUUACCAGCUGGAGCCCUACCCCUCCCAGCAGACCAUCGAGCUCCUCUCCUUCCAGCUCAACCUCAAGACCAACACCGUCAUCAACUGGUUCCACAACUACAGGUCCCGGAUGCGCCGGGAGAUGUUGGUGGAGGGGACCCAAGACGAACCAGACCUCGACCCUAGUGGGGGUCCUGGUGUCCUACCGCCAGGCCACUCCCACCCAGACCCUACCCCGCAGAGCCCCGACUCUGAGGCUGAGGACCAGAAGCCUACCGUGAAGGAACUGGAGCUUCGGGAAGGCUCCGAGGAGAGCAUCACACCCCCGACCCCCCAGGACAAGGCCCAGGUGAGGAUUAAGCAGGAACAGACUGAGGAGGAUGCAGAGGAAGAGGCGGGCAACCAGCUCCAGGACUCGGGGGAGCCAGACAAAGGCCACGGUUCCCCCAAAGAGGCGAAUCCUGACCGUCCGGGUAAUGACAGACUCCCUAAAGUGGCCCCGGGGCUCCUCCUUCCAGGCGGGACCACGCCAGACUGCCCCUCACUACAGCGCCCCCAGGAGAGCGAGGGCGGGGAGCGGCUCCACCCGGACCCUCUAAGUUUUAAGUCGGUCUCAGAGUCCUCGCGCUGUAGUCUGGAGGUGUCCCUGAACUCACCCUCGGCUGCCUCCUCACCGGGCCUCAUGAUAUCUGUGUCACCCGUCCCCUCCUCCUCAGCCCCCAUCUCCCCAUCCCCACCCGGCGCCCCUCCUGCCAAAGUGCCGAGUGCCAGCCCCACCGCCGACACAGCUGGGGCUUUGCACCCCAGCGCCAAGGUGAACCCCAACCUGCAGCGGCGACAUGAGAAGAUGGCCAACCUGAACAGCAUCAUCUACCGGCUAGAGAGAGCUGCCAACCGGGAGGAGGCCCUGGAGUGGGAGUUCUGA